GCUUUAAAACGAGUUUUUGGAUUAGGAAUUUCUUGAAUUCCCGAUAAGCGAAAUUAGGGUUUCGGAGUAUCUAGAAGCCGGAUUGAGCCCAGAUGUCAUAUAUGAGCUUCCUAUAGCGAGGUAAUUAAUCCUCUGGUUCUAAUCCCUGAAUUUUGGCAAUUAUUUAGGUCGGGGUCCAAAUCGCUGAAUUUAGCUCCGGUCGGGGUUUGAUGUGUUUUUAUCGAGAAUUUGAUCCGGAGCCUAGAACUAACAUUGACGGGACACUGCAGGGGAUAUUAGGAAAAUCUCGGAUUUUGAUUCCGGGUUUGUUUGAGAAAAGUGAAGUUGUGGUACGGGAGGCUAAAACCGGUGUUUGAACGACCAAAACUGGUGAGGGAUUAGCACGGCAUACCGGGUUUGUCGUAUCACGAUAAUUAUAUAGAUGUUUAGAAUUGACCUAGGUGAACUAGAAUGGCAUGAUUAGGGGUGUAUGAACUUUUUUGAUAUAUGUUGAACCCUGCACUGCUGUAUGAUAUUACUGACUUGCCCUAAUCGAUAUGGACCUUGUUUAUGCGGAUGAUUGCAUACAUGUUGCCAUUUGUGGCUUAAUUGUUGAUAUGACAUCAUGGUUGUUCGAUCAGGUGUUUUUACAUGAUGUGAUAUUGUGGUUGUAUUUGGAUUCACGAGUGGAGGAAAUAAACUUCCCAGUUUUAUAUUAUGAUGUUUUAAGGAGGAUGGCUUGCACGAGGGUUUAUCCCGAGGAAGUGCACCUAUACGACUCCUGGUUUACCUAUGUUGAGCCAAUUAUGGUCAGGUCAAGUACAUGUGCAAGUAACGAAUUAUGAUUAAGCAAGAUGAGAUAUGGAUCACGGAUAAGGAUACCAAGUAAGAGUACUUUAAUUUGGUCUCAUGGUCAAUUACAUAGUAAUUAGGGCUCCCCAUGAUAUCACUUCGUUAUGAUAUGUUAGGUUACACCCCUGAAGUGGUGUUGACUGUUGAUUCAUUAUGAGAUAUGACCACACCCAAAGUGGUGUCAUAUGUCCGAUAUGACUACACCGACAGUGGUGGGUCCGAUAUGACUACACCGACAGUGGUGGUUCCGAUAUGAGCACAUCCACGAGAUGUUUGGUCCAUAUUCCUGGGAGAGUAAUUAGCAUGGGUGUAGCCAGACGCCUAUAAGUAAAACAUGAUAAGACACAUAUGCAUAAGUCAAGGUGGUUGAGUCUUUUGCCCAUUGGGAUAUGAGGAUGGCUGAGGUCCUAUCCUAGUGUUUUGUCUUGAUUUCUAGAUGUAUGGUAGGGGUAUGCUUUGUUAUGAACUCACGAUGCAAUGAUUGUCUCACUCAGCCAUGAGCUGACCCUCUUUAUCCUUUUUCUCUGCUUAUGCCAUGUGUAAGCAGAUCAUCAUCAUCAUCAGUAGAUAGGAAUAUAGGUGGGAGCUGACCAAGAGUUGAAGGCAAGAUGAGGUAUGGUCUUCAACUAUUAUGUAAGUUGUGACGAUUAUGGCAUGUAUCCGUAUGCUAUGCAGUUGUGUAGCAUGAAACUUUGACCAUGGCUAUGAAAAGGCAAUGCAUAUGGUUGUGAGUAUAUAUGUUUGUCUAUGAAUGCAUGGAUUCAGAUGAAUUAUUUUUCUGGAUUAGAUGGAAGAAUUGUUAGCCCAUUAAGCGAGUAAUUCAUGUCAAAAUUUUGUUUGGGUAAAUUUUGGUAAUUAAUGUAACACCAGUUUUAAAUUCCGCUGCAAUUGUAUGAACAAUAUGAUUAAACAAAACGUACAGGGUAGGGUGUUACAGCCCUUGUGAGCAAUUUCAUGAGAGAGAGAUCCCAAAACCAUCCAAAAUGACCCUGUUCUUGUUCGAUAAAUUUAAUUGGAUUCAACUUGAUUCAUUGUUGCAUACUUCUAAUCAAAGAGACCCUCCUAGGGACUCACCAAGUGGUUUCAGACGCCCGUUUCAAGCACAGUGGUGAGGAAGACGACUUCGACAAAGGACAACAUUGUCGGAGCUACGUGUUGGAAAAGGUCGAAAGGCCCUGUUUUGGUGACCCUACAAUUUUGCUCUCGACAUAGAAGAAUUCGACCAAAUCAAGGACUCCAAUGGGGCAUCCUAACGGGGAGGAUUCCAUGGCACUAAUUUAAGCUACGUUGGUCAAGAUGAACGCCUCCUUUCAGCUGCAAUAGGAUCAUAUCACUCGACGCUUGGACGAGAUGAAACCACCAUACAAGGAAGCAGAGACAUAGCAGUCGCAUCUCAGAUGAUUCUAGCUGGGAAUCCACACCAAAUCGUCCCAAACGAAGUCAAUUGUGCCUUAGAUGAGAGGCUCCAUAACAUCGAGCAACAUCUAGUCAUCACUGAAGGAGAUCCAAGCCCUCGAUAUCGAGGCAAUUAGGAAUUUGGAAGGAGAAACCUAGGAGCAGAGUCUGACGGGUCUAUUGCCGACUUGCAAGGAAUUAAAUUGACAAUUCCUGUGUUUCAGGUCUCCAAUAGCGGUACGACUUAUUUGGAUUGGGAACGGAAGAUUCUCCUUUUCUUCUAGUGUGGGAACUAUAUUGAGCAGUAGAAGGUUUUACUUGUAGUCUACGAAUUUACAGAUUACGCAGCAACAUGGUGGGAGCAAACAUAGGUAAACCACAAGGUGGGAGCAAAAAUAGGUAAACCACAUGCGAAGAUGAAGGAAUUUUCAUCCUUUAGUUACCACAUGGGAGGAGCUGAGGGCUUUGAUGCGUGAAAGGUUUAUCCCUGGAUAUUACCAAAGGGAGCUCUUAGAUUCCCUUCAAUCAAUCCAACAGGGAAGUAAGACUAUCGACGAGUAUUUUGAAAAUCUCGAGAUGCUUCUAAUUCGAGCAGAUGUCAGAGAAGAUCGAGAGUCCACCAUCGCAAGGUUCCUCCAUGGACUUAAUCAAGAAAUCGGAAAGGAGCUAGUGCUCAGACAAUUUGUCGAGCUCAAAGAAGCUGUGCAUCUGGCAAUCAAGAUCAGGAAAUAAGCCGAGGCUAGAAGGUUUUCCAACCGAAGUGUAGUAGAGAACUCUCUUGAGCCAAAUUCAGUACAAAUUCGACAAGAAAACCCCAAGAACGUGCCCAAGCAGAUGCCUCCUAUGUACCAUCGCAAGGCCGAGACAUCAACCAGUUUCAUCCAAUGCUUCAAGUGUCAUGGUCGAGGACACAAGGCGAACCAAUGCUAUCUCUAGUCAUAGAUGGGGAAAGCUGUAUGAACGUAGUGAGCUUUGAUGUUGUUAAGAAACUCGGCUUGAGAACUAGCAAACACCCUGAGCCUUACACAUUGCAUUGGUUUAACUAUUACAGUGAAAUUAAGGUCAACAAGCAGGCUAAAAUCAAGUUUGCAAUCGGACGAUAUGAAGAUGAGAUUCAGCUUGAUGUAGCUUUGAUGCAAACAUCUCACUUGUUGCUUGGAUGACCCUGGUAAUUUGAUCGAGGGGUUUGCCAUGACGGAGGAACAAAUUGCUACAAAUUUCGGCAUAGAAACCAGAAGUUUUUGUUUAAGCCAAUGUCUCCGGCCGAAGUCCGAGCUGAUCAAAACCAUCAGGAAGCGAGUCGACGACGAAAAAAUGGAGAAUCCAGUAAGACCCUCUCAGAGGAGCGGUAGGAAGCUAGCCUUGUAGCCCGAUGCUUCAUGUUGACAACAUACAAAAGGAAGAAGAUUCAUCCUCAACAACAACUCUGCAACUCAUCAUCGGAGCAGAGUAGGAGAGAGAGUGAUCUCGUCAGAGGUUUGGGCGAAGAGUCGAACCCACCAUCUAACCCCGACACGAUCCAUUACAUAUCGAGAAGCUCAUCCACAGGCCUGAUGGAAUCAACUACGCCUAAUUUUCUUGAUUUGGAUCGAGCUAAAGUACCCCUGGAAACGAGCAGAGAUGACAAAAAGUUGAGCUAAACGAUGGGAGCAUCUCGGAAUGAAUCGAAGCAAGCCGACAGUGCAGAAUCAUUGGGAAGGGAUGUCCAAAGUUGUAGGAAGCUCCAAUUGCAGGCCGAGAUUCCUGAAAUACCAACGCCCAAUUCGGGCUUGAGUUUCCUGUGUUCUGCAACAUUGAACAUCGACGGUGGCGGGAAACGGGGGAAAAAUGAUUCGCCAACAAAGAGGGUGUGAAUCGAGUCAGGGAACCAAAUUCAGAAUGAUGAUUGGAGGUAUGGCGAAGAUGAUGGUGACCCUGAAUUGAACUUGGAAUACUGGAAUCAGAAAUCCCCAAAGGUAUUGACGACGAGCUAUGCUCCAAUUUUUACAGAAAAUCGAAUUUAGGAUCGAUUUUGUGAAAAUUUUGAGAUGAGGAAGGCCAAAGCUUUUAGGGAAAAGCUUUUUUAUGAGGGGUGGCCUAAUACAAUCCCAGAUUGCCUCCUUGUUCAUUCAUAAUGGAUCAAUCAAGAAGCCAUCACAAGUUGUGAAAAGGAACUUAAAAUUUGUCUAAGUGUUUUUACAGUUUCAGGUAGCCUACUUUGCAAGCUUGGUCGUCACAAAUGGCUUGAUGGAAAUGGGAGAUUAAAUGCUUGUUUUGAAGAUGAAAUGCUUCUCUACACAUUGGCAAGCUUGGAUGCCCAAGGGGAAGUCAUGAAGACCAUUUUUCGAGCUAUGCUAAAACUGGAAACUUGCCAAAAUUUCACCAAUUCUGGAAGAUAGUUUAGAUACCCAACUUUGGAGGCCUAUUCAAGAAAAUUGGUGGCGAAUCAAGCCCGGAGAAUGGUUCCCCAUGAGAGCAUGAUUUUUCUAUUACAACCUAGAGGCAUUGGAUGAAGGAAGACGUACCGCGAAGACUUCAAACGAAGGAGAGCAAGAUCGUCUGGAGCUUGGUCAAAAACUAUCUUGCAAGGAAUCCAAAAUCCUUCUUGGAUUAGGAAUUCCCUUUACCUUUUUCUGUUUGCAUUUGAUUUCCCAAUUUUUUUGUGUUUGGGACAUCCGUAUUAGUUUGGUAGCUAGCCUAGGUCUAUUUAAAUUUAUCCAAUUGCGUUGUAACUCAGUUUUAAGUUCAAUCGAAUAAUAACAACAAGUUUGA